GUCCACAUUCCUUCUUCAUCUUCAGCUUCUCCUUUCCAGAUUCUCUCUCAGAGGCUUUCCGACCAUGGCCUCCCUCGUCGUCUCUGAGAUGCUCGGAAACCCUCUUACCUUCAAUGGAGCCACCAGGUCGGCUCCGCCACCGUCGCCUUCCAGCCCUGCCACUUUCAAGACCGUCGCUCUUUUCUCCAGGAAAAAGGCUGCCCCUCCUCCUCCUUCCAAGGCAAAGCCCGCCGCCGUCGCUCCGGCCAACGAUGAGCUCGCCAAGUGGUACGGUCCUGACAGAAGGAUCUUCUUGCCUGAGGGUCUCUUGGACCGAUCUGAGAUCCCAGAGUACUUGAACGGAGAAGUUCCCGGAGACUAUGGUUAUGACCCGUUUGGUCUCAGCAAGAAGCCAGAGGACUUCGCCAAAUAUCAGGCAUAUGAAUUGAUCCACGCCAGGUGGGCAAUGCUUGGUGCUGCUGGAUUCAUCAUUCCUGAGGCCUUCAACAAGUUUGGGGCUAACUGUGGUCCUGAGGCCGUUUGGUUCAAGACUGGAGCUCUGCUUCUUGAUGGGAACACAUUGAACUACUUUGGAAAGCCCAUCCCCAUCAAUCUUAUUGCUGCUGUCAUUGCUGAGAUUGUUCUUGUUGGUGGUGCAGAGUACUACAGAAUUAUUAAUGGCCUUGAUUUGGAGGACAAGCUUCAUCCGGGCGGUCCAUUUGACCCGUUGGGGCUUGCGAACGACCCGGACCAGGCUGCACUGCUGAAGGUUAAGGAGAUCAAGAAUGGAAGGUUGGCCAUGUUUGCAAUGUUAGGGUUUUACUUCCAAGCUUACGUAACAGGAGAAGGUCCUGUUGAGAACCUUGCCAAGCAUCUCAGUGACCCUUUUGGCAACAACUUGCUCACUGUCAUUGCUGGCUCUGCUGAGAGAGCUCCUACUCUCUGAACAGUCAAAUCCUUUUUUUCAAUCUUUUUCUAUGUAAAAAUACAUCUCUCACUUAGACAUCCCUUCAGCCAAAUCAUCUCUAAUUUUUGUAAAGCCUGAGUAAAUUCGCUUAUAUAUAUAUUAUCUUCACCUUCUUGCAA